GAAGGCAGUUGGUGCAGCCUGUGUGUGAUUCCGAACGUCAUGUUGGCUGAGAGCCAGCCUGAUUUUAUUUCACUGUGUCAAAUUGUACCUCCUUAUUGAAUUCCUUUGCCAGCCUACUUUGUGAAAGAAAACAUUGGGGUUUCUUUGGCUGUUCUUGAUAAGCCUAUAAAAUAUGACAUGUUUUAGUUGCUUCUAGUUGCUGAAGUAAAGGAACCCUGCAGCCUUCCCAUGCUAUCUGUUGACAUGGAAAACAAGGAAAAUGGCUCUGUCGGUGUAAAAAAUUCCAUGGAGAAUGGGAGGCCCCCCGAUCCUGCAGACUGGGCUGUGAUGGAUGUCGUCAACUAUUUCCGAACAGCAGGAUUUGAGGAGCAAGCUAGUGCUUUUCAGGAGCAGGAAAUUGAUGGAAAAUCCCUGCUAUUGAUGACAAGAAAUGAUGUGUUGACAGGACUUCAGUUAAAAUUGGGGCCUGCUCUGAAAAUCUAUGAGUAUCAUGUAAAACCUCUGCAGACAAAGCAUUUAAAGAACAGCUCUUCAUAGUACAGUCACAUUGGGGUCUUAGAUCUCAAAAAAUACAUAAUGACAUAAUUUAGUUUCAUGUGAUGAAACUUUGCAAACAGAAUACAUACAUGUGUAUAUGUAAAGAAUUUCAAUCAAAUGAAACGUUAUCCUAUUGGAUAGUCUAGGCAAUCCAUCGGCUGACCUGAAUUCAGCCAGGAGGAGCAAGGACAGCAUGUGGACGGGAUUAUUUUCCUUGUGGAAUUUGUCAAAUAGAAUGAUCUUUGACAUGAUAAGACACCCCUCCCUACCAAGGGGAUUUUUUUCAUAGAUUGCUUUUCCAAAAUCCUUAAAAAAGAAUUGAAUGGAAUGAGCAUCUUUUGGUUACAGAUGUAGGAAGAUUAAAAACAAGAAAACUUGGGGAGGGGGAGGAAAGAGAAGGGGACCGCUGUCUCCCUUGAAUUCUUCUGCUCCCUAGAGCUUGUGUUGUUUGGAUGGAAUUGCCAACACCCUUUUUAUAGAGGGUCCUUCACUUGACCUUAUUAAGGUUUCACUGGGAUAUGCUGCGAUGGUUGAAAUGAACGUGCAUCACGGCCCCUUCAGGAGCAGAAGGGUAGCUCUGAAAAGAAAAACUCUGUUGCAUAUUGGGGAUAUCCAUCCACAUUCAUUUCACAGGGGGUGAUGGUAUAUUCUGCAUAGAUUUGCUUUUAAAUUGGUUCUUUGUUUCCGAAGAAAGCAUUUUUUCACCUUCAUGGUUUGUAUUUAUAAUAAUUUGUUUCUGAAGAAAUUUGCCAAGAGUUGCAGAUCAAAAAGCCUUGUUACUAGUACAGAAUAUUUUUAUAUAUAUUCCUUCAUGAUGGUGUAAUAUUUUUUUAAUUGCUCUGAUGCUUUGUUUGAUUCCUGGUUUGAGUACUUGUUUUUAAGAACUUGAAAAAGUGGGCUUACUACAUCUCUGUUCAAAGAGACAUUUGUUCAAUCUCUGUGUGUCAAUGCCGUGUUGAAUUGGUGCUUUGUGGUCGCAAUAAAACAUUGCUUCAGUUUA